GUACCAGAAUUGCUUGCCGAAAAAGAGUAGGGCAAAUAUUUGAAAAAGUUUUUUGCCUUCUUUGUCAGUGAUAAAGGCAAAAAGCCAAGUAUGGGAAAAUGUUUGGCAUAUGAUCGAGCAAAAAGUUUUGGAUGGUUAGCGACAGAUAAGGGUAUCUUGCCUUUGCAAGCCCUUCAAAAAUUCUUUUUCCAAAAAAUUCUUCUCAAACAAUUUGAGAAACGAUUAAAGAAUCAAUUACAUGCACAAGGUUAUGGACGUCAUUCCCCUGAGGAAAUUGAAGAAAUUGCUAAGAAGGAUUUGACAGCAUUGUCUACACUUCUUGGGGAAAAGUCUUUUAUGUUUGGUGAUAUUCCAUCUACUUUGGAUGCAACAGCUUUUGGUCUUUUAGUUCAAUUUACUGAUGCUCCAAUGACUUCCGAUAAAAUUAAAACUUUUAUGGAACAGAAUACACCAAAUUUGGUUGAAUUUGUUAAGCGAAUCAAAGAGCGUUAUUGGCCAGAUUGGGCACAACUUUGUGAGACUUUGGCGCUCAAUCCUGAGGAUAUUAAAAAGGAAGAAGAACAAAAGAAGGAAGAAAAUAAGGAGACAGAGAAUGCGGAGACUCCAACCGCUGCUGUACAACAACCAACGGAGACUGCUGCUGCUGUGCCUACUCAGGCUUAA